GGCGCCGCGCCGCGCCUCGGGCGUCCCUCCUCAUCCCGGCUCUGCCCCUCCUAGGCACCAUGCCUGCCCUCAGGCCGCUCGUGAAACCGAAGAUCGUCAAGAAGAGGACCAAGAAGUUCAUCCGGCAUCAGUCUGAUCGCUAUGUCAAGAUCAAGCGCAACUGGCGCAAACCGAGAGGUAUCGACAACAGAGUUCGCCGGCGGUUCAAGGGCCAGAUCCUGAUGCCCAACAUCGGCUACGGCAGCAACAAGAAGACGAAGCACAUGCUGCCCACGGGCUUCAGGAAGUUCCUGGUCCACAACGUCAAAGAACUGGAGGUGCUCAUGAUGAGCAACAAGUCGUACUGCGCGGAGAUCGCUCACAACGUGUCCUCCAAGAACCGGAAGGUCAUCGUGGAGCGGGCUGCCCAGCUUGCCAUCAAGAUCACCAACCCCAACGCCAGGCUGCGCAGCGAGGAGAACGAGUAAACGGGCUUCUGCAGCCGGGGUGUAUUUAAUAAAGUGUACAAA